CCAACCCGUUUCCCCAUCCUCCACGCGGGUCUACUAUCUUCGAUUCCACCUCCAUUGCCGCUGCUAAUCCGAAGUUCUUCUUGGCAACACCGUUUCGCGCGAUGGCAUCUUCUUCAUGUCGCUGUGACUUGGAAACGGCUGUGUCCUGUCUUCUUUCUCUCUGGCAAUUCCAUUGAAGCACCCUCCGGUCUGCAUGUGGGAGCCGAAUUGAUGGGUGAUGAAUCAGGUCCAUUCAGACCUCCAUAGCCAGCAACUCCAAUGCCGUAAUUGCUGCUGCUAUGGUUAACUCCACCGGUGUUCGAAGCCACCGAACUCUUCUGCGUUCUUCGCACUGGUUGUAGUGAUGUCAAAGCCGCUCCCCCUUUCUCACAGUGAUGUAUAGGAUUCUGAUUCUUCUGAAUCCAUUUUGGUCCUCAAUUAUUAAAUUCAACUGAACCAUGGUUGGGAGUGACCUAGACACCAACAAAGUGGAUGGUUGUGUGACUACUGAUGUCCAGCAUAGCUACUUACGGCAUAUGAUUGAUUCCAUUAUGAGCGAAACAUCAUCAUCUUUUGCAGCAACUUUCAUACAAGGCUCACUCCAGGAAGGAGGAGAAAGGAGGAACACCGAUCUGGAAAUGAGCCUCGCUCAUGAACCCAUGGUAUCAGGCACAAGAGAAUCUGCUGUUCAAAAUAGCUGUGCUGCUUCGGCCAUGGAAUGGAGCAUCCAACUUGAGAAGGGACUCCGUUCUAGUAAGCCAGGCGCACCGGCUCAAGCCAUAUUGCAGCUAGGUCGUCACCUUGAGCAGUGGAGCAGAGAGCUUGAAUCAGACAAAUCUGGCAUUGCUCCCAAUGUUAUAUCUGGCGUAGUGCCAGGUGAAGCUAGGCUAUUUGCCAAUGCCAUCCUCUUGCGCCUUGCUGGAGCCUUUAAGGGAGGUGACAAGGAAAUCAAGGUUUCUGUUGUCAAGGCUUUUUCGAAUGAACGAAGGCAUCGAAAUGGUCAGAAACACAGGGAGUGUAAGGGAUUGCUGUCAAAGGAAAGAGUAGCUAAUCACUUGGAGUUGUUGAAUCAAGUGAGAUAUGUUUUUCAGAAUGGAGACUCAGAGUCCAAGGAACUUGCUUUAAUUCUUUUGGGUUGCUGGGCUGAAUUCGCCCAUGACAAUGCUCAAAUACGAUACUUGAUACUUUCCAGCCUUGUGUCUUCUGAUCCUCAUGUGGCAAAAGCAGCAUGUUUUGCUGCUGGAUGCUUUUCUGAGAUAUCAGAUGAUUUUGCUUUAAUUACACUGCACAUGGUGUACAAUAUGAUGAGUUUAUCUACGGUGUCUCUGCCAGUGAAGUUGGCUGCAGCACAAGUUGUUCCAAAACUGAGGUCUACAUUUGAAAAUAUAUACAAAGCGUACCAGGCAGGUGUACGGUUCCUAUCAAGUAUUUUAGAUGAAGAUGUUUUGGUAGCUGUGCUAUCCUCACUUACCGAACUGUCUUCCCUUUAUUCACCAAUUGCUGAAAUUCAGGUGAACUUUCUUAUUUCAUUUCUGAAGCGGGAAACGACUUCACGUGUGCAAGAAGCGAUCUUAAGAUGCCUCCAAUUUCUAUUCCAGAAAGGACUGUGCCAAUAUCCAGCUGAAUAUUUAUCUUCAAUUACACAGCAGUAUAACCAUAACUUCACCUUCAACUAGCCAAUUUGUUCUAUAGUCAUCCUUGCUGAUAACUACAACUAAUUCAUACUAUAGUGCAGCUCUGCAGCAAAACUCUAGUAUAUUUCUGCCAGGUUUAUGCUUUCUAAUUGUACAAGUGUGUAGUAAUUUUAGUUAAUACUAAUCAUAAGAAAAAUCUUAGCAUGUUUAUAUUGUCAUGAAACGAGUUAUUCUAAAAGUUUAAGCAGAUGGAUAAAAGUACAUAAAUAG